AUGGAAGCAAAAAGUCACUGCAAAGUGCAUUACAGUGAUGGUGGUGAUGAAGAAGAUGCAGAGCUAGAAGAGUUCUACAGCAGCAAUUACGCUAAUGAAGGCGAAAACCAGAUGGUUUUGGCUGGUGAAUCAGCUAAUACCGUAAGGCGUUUUGGUGGGUCUGAGCUUGUGAUCACCAAGAGAGGGGUGAACAAAGUAACGGCUAAAAUUCUCGGGUCUCGAGAGUUCAUGCGUUACUACAAGCAGAAGUCGCCACCAUCUUCUCAGAAACACUUCGUCAACUCUCUAGCGAUAAGGUGA